AUGGUCAAGCCUCCAUACGAGCUUCACAGCAAACCAGCACGUGCAGCCACCCUACUGGAGUUCCUUUCGUGCAACUUCAUGCCGCUCCUCAUCACCGUUCUCCUCUACGCUUUUGGUCUUCCCGGAGCGGUCCUGGAGCAACUUCGUCACCCGAAUCCGCUCAACCUCAUCAAUCCAUUCCGUUGGAAAACGCUUAUCUUCAACCACGGGUUUGGCAAGGUGCUGGCCGGCUCCGACCAAGCAUGGGCGCCAUUUAAGAAGCCGUUGCUGUGCACCGCCUAUGGGAAAGUUUUGGAGAUUGGCGCGGGCGCAGGACACAGUGUCGUCCACUACGAUGCGGACAAGAUCGAUAGACUGUUUUGUUUGGAACCGUACGAGCCACUGCGUGUGCAGCUGACGCAGAAGCUGGCGAAACACGGGCUGGCGGCGAAAAGCACCGUCAUCCCAGCAACAUUGGAUCAGCGUUCAGCCAUUCUGCAAGCAGGCAUCGAACCGAACUCGCUCGACACUAUCGUGCUGUUCCAGGUACUUUGCUCGAUUCCGAACCCGAAAGAUCAUCUCGAGUUCCUGCAGCAACUGCUGAAGCCUGGUGGUCAAAUCCUGUUGUUCGAACACGUCGGCAGCAAGCACCGCCUGGCUAGGACGAUUCAGAACAUCUGGACGCCCGUGUGGAGAUUCAACUUUGGCGGCUGCGAGAUGAACCGCGAUUCCGGUGACUGGUUGAAGGCUGUGGGAGGUUGGAAGGUAGUCGACCUGAAACGACCAGUUCAAGAGACCAGUGCCGACUUGAUCCCUCAUGACAUCGGUCGUCUGGUCAAGGCUUGA